GGACACGCGGGUGCGCGCCGUGCCCGUGGGCGCUGCUGACCGUGUCUCUUUGCGUCCCGUAGGGCCCGAGGAUGCGGCAGGACGCAGAGCAGCCGGGCGUUCCCGUGCAGGCCCUUAGUGCCCCCCAGCACUGAGGCCGCACGAUGAAGCUGCCCGGUGUGGGGGUGUUCGGGGCCGGCAGCACCGCCCGCCUCCUCAUCCCACUGCUGCGAGACGAGGGGUUCAACGUGGAGGCGCUGUGGGGAAAGACGGAAGAAGAAGCCAAGCAGCUGGCCCAGGAAAUGAGCAUCGCCUUCUACACCAGCCGCACCGACGACGUGCUGCUGCACCAGGACGUGGAUCUGGUCUGCAUCCACAUCCCCCCGCCGCUCACCCGGCAGAUCGCGGUCAAGGCUUUAGGUAAAGCGAGAAGCUCUGCUAAAAUCUGUGCUGCUUUUUGAUCUCAGAGGAACUCAAAUGGCAGCUUUGUGGUGGAUGCCCCCCAGCUGAAAUGCAGGCACCUCAAUGCGAGGAAUAGGGAAGAACGUGAUCUGUGAGAAAGCUGCUACCUCGGUGGACGCCUUCAGGAUGGUGACGGCUGCCAGGUAUUACCCCAAGCUGAUGAGCAUCGUCGGCAACGUCCUCCGUUUCUUGCCUGCCUUUGUGAAGAUGAAGCAGCUGAUAGAAGAGCACUACGUGGGCAACGUGAUGAUCUGCGACGUGCGGGUCUACGGGGGGAGCCUGCUCAGCCACAAGUACAGCUGGAUCUGCGACGAGCUGAUGGGGGGAGGCGGCUUGCACACCAUGGGCACCUACAUCAUCGACCUGCUGAGCCACCUCGUGGGCAGGAGGGCCCAGAAGGUCCACGGCCUGCUCAAGACUUUUGUGAAGCAGAACACGGCCAUAAGCGGGAUCCGGCACGUCACCAGCGACGACUUCUGCUUUUUCCAGAUGCUGAUGAGUGAAGGUGUGUGUUGCACUGUGACUCUCAACUUCAACAUGCCCGGAUCGUUCGUUCACGAGGUGAUGGUGGUGGGGUCCAGCGGCCGCCUCGUAGCGCGUGGCACGGACUUGUAUGGGCAGAAGAACACGGCCCUGCAAGAAGAGCUGCUGCUCACCGACUCUCUGACUGUCAGCAAAGGCCUUUUGGACAAGGGCUUUAAAGACAUCCCGCUGCUCUACCUGAAAGGAAUGGUGUACAUGGUGCAAGCGCUGCGGCAGUCUUUCCAAGAGCAGGAAGAUCGCCGGACGUGGGAUCACCAGCCCGUCUCCAUGGCAGCUUCAUUUGAGGAUGGCUUGUACAUGCAGAGCGUAGUGGAGGCCAUUAAGAAAUCCAGCAGGUCGGGGGAAUGGGAGGCUGUGGAGGUGAUGACGGAGGAACCAGAUGCCAACCAGAACCUGUGUGAGGCGCUGCAAAGGAAUAACCUCUGAGCAUCCCUGCUUUGGGACAUUGAAUGACAUUGAAUGACAUUGAAUGCCUCCAGCUGCAGCUCUAAAAGUCCUCUCGAGUUUUUAAGAUUCCUAUUUAAUAAUUGGAGUUUCUUGUUGUUGGGUUGUUUUUUUUAAAGCCUGUAAAAUAACGCCACGCUCAGAUGCAAACAGGUUUGAUUUGAGACGUUCCGGUUUUGCAGAUGUUUAUUUCUCGUCUUGGAGUCUUAGGAAAACUUGAAUUGCCAUUUGCACUCGUGGUAGUGAAGUGAAGCGUGGGGUCUGUGCCACUGCAUGGCUUGUUUUAACAGUCCUAAAGUGAGAGUGAGGAGAGAGGGAUCUGGGAGCAUCUGUUGCUCAGCUGCCUUUGCCUUCUCUCUUGGAGCCUGAUUUAGUUUUACUUCUCGGUAAUACUUUAUUAAAGGGUUUGUGGACAUGACACACCUCUGAACUGCCAUAGGACAAAGACCAGAAGGAACAGGAUCCAGUCUGUAGAAUAAGGAUCCGCCGUUGGCUUUCUGCGUACAGCAGACGUCUCUCAAAGUAAUUUAAACCAGUAUGUUAUUUAAAGGGUGCUGUGAGAUCCACAGUGACGGCGGUGGGAGAAUCUGUGACGCCUUGUGCUUUUCUCCCCAUACCUGCAGACGUUUUUCAUUCUCCUCGUGACGCUGACUGCAUCCAGCAGCCUUCCUGCAUAAGCUCCAUGUCCACCAGUUGUGUUUUACUGCCUGGCAGCAUCAGAGCUGUGCCUGCAGGGCCACCUCCUCGCUUCUCUGCCUUCCUGAGCUCCUCCCAUGCUCGCAGAUGAGGCUCAGGAUGUCGCUGCCGAUGAAGCUGUUAAACCUUAACCUUCCAUGGAUGUGAUGGUGGAGGUAAGGAGGUCUUGCCUACCUCUCGCAGCUCUCCUGUGUGCUGGCUGGGAAGCUGUCACACUACACACGCUGAUGGCUCUAGAGUCUGCCUUGAACCUCAAACACUGGAUAUCAACCCUGUGGUCCUGCCUGCCCUCGUGGCUGUUGGCAGUCUGUUCACAUGGAGAAGAGUUUCUCCCUGGGGCAGGUAUGUGGAAGGGACAGUACAAUUUUACUAUGUUUAUUUUGUCUACUUGAAAAGCUUUUUUUAAUGCAUUUCCCUCUAAAAUGGUAACCCCGUGUAUUUAUGUAUGUUAACAUGCAAACCGCUGUUUCAUCAGCUGGCCCUUCCUGAAAACUAUCUGACUUUGUUUUCUACAGAAAUAAAUAAAAGUAUCUGGGUUGUUUGUUAA